AUGGCACCCAUGAAUCCAGAUCACGGCAAGAACGACGUCGACGUCGACGUCGAGUCAGAAGGUGCUACGCUCAAUGAUGAUGAGCGCACUGGACGUUCCACGCAGAUCACCUUCGACCAGUCCACCUCCGCAGAGGGAUUUCGGUCUAUCUACCAGCCGACUCAGAUCAACCGGCCCCGCUCGAUAAGCCGUGAUACCAUCCAUAGCACCAGAAGCAGCAUCCAGGGAAUGCCCGAGCUACCAAUUGAGUUCCGAACCAUCUCCAUCCAGAUCUCGGAAUCCCAGAACGCCCCCAAGGAGGCUACUGUCAAUACCACAGAGAAGCAGCCCCACCAAGACUACUUCGAGACCUUGGACUUCCACAUCAUAUCCCCCGACAGCCUGUGUCGAGAAUUCAAUGUCGAUCAGCGUACUGGACUAAGCUCGUCCUCUGCUGCCACACGUUUGGAGCGCGACGGCAAGAACGUCAUUGCCCACCAUGGGGAGAAUUAUCUCAAGAAGAUCUUCUUCUACGUCUUUGGUGGCUUCUGCUCUGUUCUUUGGGUCGGAGUCGUCAUCUUCUUCAUCUGCUGGAAGCCUCUCAGCAACCCACCCUCGGCUCAAAACCUUGCUCUGGCUGUCCUCAUUCUGAUCGUCAUUGCUUUGCAAGCAAGCUUCUCGGCUUUCCAAGAUUGGUCCACGAAACGUGUCAUGAACUCCAUCUUAGAUCUCCUCCCUGCAGAAGCCAUGGUGAUGCGGGAUGAGAAACUUGUGCAUCUCCCUGCUACAGAACUGGUCGCUGGUGACAUUGUUCACAUUGGAAUCGGAAACAAGGUCCCAGCUGACAUGCGUCUUUUGUCCAGCUCAGGCGAUGUUCGCUUUGACCGUGCUAUUCUGACAGGCGAGUCGGACGAGGUUGAAGGCGCCAUUGAUUGCACCGAGAUCAACUUCUUGGAGACUAGGAAUAUUGCUCUCAUGGGAACCGGUGUCACCAAUGGCAAUGCCAUUGGAAUUGUUGUUUUGACCGGCUCUCGCUCCGUGAUGGGCCGUAUUGCCUCGAUGACAGCUGGUGUCAAGCAAAAGUCAACCUUGAUCCAACGAGAGAUCAAUCGCUUCGUCACUAUUAUUGUCAUUCUUACGGUCUUCUUGGCUUUGCUGAUUCUUUUCACUUGGCUGGGAUGGUUGCGCAAAGAUCACCCUUCCUACAUGAGUGUUGUGGCCAUGCUGAACAAUGUCAUGGGGUGUGUUGUUGCCUUCAUCCCCGAGGGAAUGCCUGUCGCUGUCGCAUUGACCCUUAUGAUGAUUGCCAAGCGGAUGAAAAAGACCAACAUUUUGCCUAAGGGUCUGUCAACCGUUGAGACUCUGGGCUGUGUGAAUGUCCUCUGCUCCGACAAGACUGGCACACUCACUCAAAACCGCAUGUUUGUCAAGUCACUCGGAAUGGUUGAUUGGGAAUACAACCUCGAGGAUUUAGUUCCUGGCGAGUUCGGAACUGUUGAUCUUGCCGGAGGCCUACGAAAUAUGCUGGAAGCAUCUGUUUUGUGUAAUGACGCCACCUUCGACCCGACUACGAUGAAUCUGCCCAUUCAUGAACGCGCUGUCAAUGGCAAUGCUACAGAUGCAGCAGUUUUGAGAUUUGGUGACAGUGUUGGAUUAACAUCCCCGACUGCCCUGGCUCCAUAUGAACGUGUGCAUCAGAUUCCAUUCAACUCGAAGAACAAGUGGAUGCUCACCCUGCACCGUGAUCCCAAAUCUACCAAGGAAUUCAUUCUAUACGUCAAGGGAGCACCAGAUGUGCUGCUGGAUCGUUGCGCCACUUAUUGGUCCGCUGUUCACAAUGCAGUCCGUCCACUAGAUGUCGAGGCGCGGGAAAAAUUCUCGAAUUUCCAGGCUAAACUAUCACGCCGCGCAGAGCGGGUGAUUGUCAUCUGCCAACGUCGCUACAUUCCCCGCUCUGUCCUUGGCUCUAACGAUUUCAACAAUGAGAUUAUAGACCACGGUGUGCAGGAUCUCACAGUUCUCGGUAUCUUCGGUAUUGUCGAUCCACCACGCCCGGAGACCGCCUCUACUGUCGCAGCUUGUCGCAAGGCGGGUAUCCGUUUCUUCAUGGUUACCGGCGACUUCGGAUUGACCGCGGCUGCCAUCGCUCGUGAGAUUGGAAUCUAUGACGGGCAAGCUGAGCCGGACACCGUGGAAGAGCUGAGAGAUGGCCUCGACCCAAAAAUGGAAGUCAAAGUUCCCAAGUCACGACACAGCCUGCUUCUUGAAGGACCCAACUUGUCAUCGUUAAGUGCAGAGGAUUGGGAAACAGUAUGCGGCUACGACGAGAUUGUUUUCGCCCGCACCACCCCUGAGCAAAAGCUUCGCAUUGUAACAGAACUCCAAGCUCGUGGUUACGUCGUUGCUGUGACAGGUGAUGGUGUCAACGAUGCCCCAGCCCUACGUGCCGCAGACGUGGGUAUUGCAGUCGGAUCUGGCAGCGACGUGGCAAUCGAGGCAGCUGAUCUGGUCCUCUUGGACAAGUUCGAUUCUAUCAUCGAGGCCAUUCGCCUUGGUCGGUUGGUCUUCCAGAACCUGCAGAAGGUGAUCGCCUACCUACUCCCAGCAGGUAGUUGGUCUGAGAUUUGGCCCGUUAUCAUGAACGUCUUCUUCGGCUGUCCUUCCCCACUCAGCACGUUCCUCAUGAUCAUGGUCUGUGUGUUCACCGAUCUGUUCCUGUCUCUUUCCCUCAUCAUGGAGAAAGAAGAAUUCGACCUCCUCAGUCUUCCCCCACGACGUCCCACCAAGGACCACCUGAUCAACCUCCGCAUCUACGGCCAGUCGUACCUGUUCGUCGGUGUAAUGGAAGCCUUCAGUGCCCACUCCAUGUUCUUCCUGUACAUGUGGCGCCACGCCGGUAUCCCCUUCUCCGACCUCAUCUUCGCGUUUGAGGGCUAUACCGACGGCUUCCACGGAUAUACCGCGGACGAGCUGAACCACUUCGUCAGCGUGGGCCAGUCUGUCUACUUCGUCACCCUGGUCAUCAUGCAAUGGGGCAAUGUCUUGUCUGUCCGCAGCAAGCGCAUGUCCAUCCUCCAAGCUGAUCCGAUCCGUCCAGCUCGUCGCAACCCGUGGUUGCCUCUGGCCAUUCUUAUUUCAUUGAUCAUCGCCAUCUUCGUCACUGAAGUCCCGGGCAUCCAGAACUUGUUCAGCACGGCCUCAGUGCCCCUUGAGUUCUGGUUCAUCCCGCUUGGUCUUGCAAUGGGUGUUCUGUGUAUGGAUGAACUGCGCAAGGUCCUGGUCAGAAUGUUCCCCAAGGGACCUGUUGCCUGGGUUGCGUGGUGA